CAGGUGCUGGAGGAAGAGAGCGAGAUGGGGGAGGAACUGUAGUCACUAAGAGCAUUCAUUUUGUGAAACGGGGAUGGGAAAGACGUGUAGAAAGAAAGUUGGAUAAAGAUUGUAGGAUGUACUAAACUUCCAACUGGAACAAAAAAUGUGAAGACAUUUUCAACCUUUGAACGGCUCAAUUUGACACCUUGACAAAGAGUCUCAACAAACUGGUCGGACGGGAUCCAUGUGGACGGGUUGGCUUGGAUAUACCCUGCGUUCCUCCAGGAUGGAGAGCCCAGGAACGGAACAUGACGAUUCCUUCGACUAUUUGUUCAAGAUCAUCCUGAUCGGAGAUUCCAACGUGGGCAAAACCUGCGUGGUCCAGAACUUCAAGUCCGGGGUUUUCUCGGAAAAGCAGCAGAACACCAUCGGGGUGGAUUUCACUGUGCGCACUUUGGAUAUUGAGGGCAAGAAAGUCAAGAUGCAAGUUUGGGACACGGCAGGCCAGGAGCGCUUCCGUACCAUCACGCAGAGCUACUACCGUAGCGCUCACGGUGCCAUGAUCACCUAUGACAUCACGCGGCGUGGAACCUUCCAGUCGGUCAGUGACUGGAUACGAGAGGUGGAGCUUUACGGGGCGGCCAAUGUUGUUCUGGUUCUUAUUGGUAACAAAUGUGACUUGGAGUCCGAGCGUGAGGUUCUGUUUGAGGAUGCCUGUUCUCUUGCUAAAGAACGGGGCGCACUCGCCGCCCUGGAAACAUCCGCCAAGGAGGGUCAGAAUGUAGAGGAGAGCUUCAUGAUGAUGGCGAGGGAGCUCCUGUCUCGUAACGGGCUGCAGGUCCAGCAGGAUGAGCUUGAGAACUUUGGCAGGCCACGACUUCUCAGGACUAACUCCAGGCCGGUCAACGGAACUUUGGGCACUUUCACGUCCGCUGAAAAGAAGUCAUGUUGUUGAGGAGUAAACAACAAAAGUGGAUGCCAAUCACUCGGAGCUCAGCAAAUACUGACUGACAAGUGAAGAGAACUCACGCAUUCCUUCCUCUUCUUAAUAUUUUCACUUUUCUUCUGUAGAAGAUCGGAAUACUCAGUGUUUGACCUUUUGACCUCUCUGGAGAAAACUAGAGAGCGAGGACACGAAACUGUUGAAUGAUUAAAACGAUACGUCCAAUUGUGUCAAAUGUGAAGCAGAAUCUGCACUGUAAAACUCUUAGUGAUUAAGUUAAUGAUAUCCUACAAGCUAAAUGCUGUCUGCUUAGCCUAAAUGUUAUGCAACUCAAUGAAAGCAGCUUAGCUGUUCUGCAUUCUGGGUAUUUGAGAUUAUUUGUAAGAAUUAUACACAUAAAAACAUGGUAGGAUUCACCCUUUUGAGGGGGUAGAGGGCUCUUCCCUUCAUGUUAACAAUGAUAAAAUGUUCAUUUUUCAUUGUGUUGUACUGUGUUGUGUUACAUUCAAAUUUGCUCAUAUGUGGCCAAAAUCAGUUGGGAUCAUCUAAUGCGGCUUUACAACAGGGGUCCCCAAACUACGGCCCGCCUCCACAUUUGGUCCCGCCCCCUGAACAAUUAUUAUUAUUUUUUUUUCAAAUAGUAUUAUUUAUUUCCUGGCUUUUUUCUGUAAAGAACCCAUAGAGGGUUAUUUGGUUAUUAUCUAUUUAAUUAAUAGUGUUAUUAUAUUAUAUUAUAUUAUAUUAUAUUAUAUUAUAUUAUAUUAUAUUAUAUUAUAUUAUAUUAUAUUAUAUUAUAUUAUAUUAUAUUAUAUUAUAUUAUAUUUUGGGCUGUCAAACGAUUAAAAAUUUUAAUCGAGUUAAUCACAGCUUAAAAAUUAAUUAAUCGUAAUUAAUCGCAAUUCAAACCAUCUAUAAAAUAUGCCAUAUUUUUCUGUAAAUUAUUGUUGGAAUGGAAAGAUAAGACAUGAAGGGAAAAGGUACCGUUCUUGCACACACCAUAUUAUUGUUUGCAUUAGUCUAACACAUUCAUCUAACUAUAGUUUAGGCAGACUUCACUCAGUGCCCUUGACACAGUAAAGUUAAUCACCUUAUCGGGGCUCCUGAGGGGGAAAAGGAAAAAUGGUACCGUUUCUCGUAGGCACCGUCUAAGUGUUUGCAUUACUCGAACACCCGUAAUAUAAUUAACCAGGGCAUAGUAUCAUUUCUCAUAUUUACUGUAGGACUGCGCCUAAUAUAAAAUAAAUAGCACACCAUAGUUUAAUGAAAAGCAGCAUAGAUACACAACGACAUCUUAUCAUAGAAGCCCAACAUAUGUGUCACGAGCAAGACUGACGCACCAAAACUGCAAAGACAAAGCGCUUUUUGUCCCAAAACAAGUAGAGCCAGCCCGGAUAACAAAGUUGAUAGCGGGCGCUUGAGACGUCAAGACCAGCGUCGGUUGUGGUGGCAACCACGUCUCAUCCGCGCACGAACCUAAGCCACCCAAAACCGCCCACAGAGGUGAGGACCCAAAAGCAACGCCCGGACACACCUCCGACCCAACCUCCUACACCACAGACUUAAAAAACACUGAACACUGAGAUGACACAGAUUUUGCUGCUCGGAAACAUGUAGCCUUGUUUUGGAUCCAGAAUUGUCCCUCCAUCGUCUGUUUUUGCCUUGUUUUUGACCGUUGUUGACGAAUAAAUUGUCAACCUGC